AUGAGGGACCAGGCCAUCACCUUGCUGGUGGCAGCAUUAAGGCAUGUUAGGGUGCUAAUCAACACAGCACCACAGCCCGAAGAGAGCUUAGAGGCGAUAUACAAGUGGGUGGAGGACUGGGACCAGACCUGGGGCCAAGCAGCAAGAGGUGAGGGCCAAGACCAUGCACCAGAAGACACUGAAGGAAACCCAUCAAGAGGAGCUGCAUGCUCAACAGGGGAGGGCUCUGGUAGUGCAAGCAAGGGAAAAGGGAAGCAGAAGGCUACCAGCAAGGAGGAUGAGCUGGCUGACGAUGUUGACAAUGAUGAGGGUGAUGGUGAACCAGGUCCACCUGCAAAGGGACCUUGUGCAGCUGGGGACGAUGAGCCCUGUGAGACAUGUGCCCAGGCAAACCUUGCAUGCAUCAGGGAGCCAGAGGCAUCCUGCAAAUGGUGCAGGAAGGCGAAAUGCAAGUGCUUGCACUCUCGAAGUGUAGGGAGAAAGCAAAAGAACUCCAGUACUGUUGGGGAGGCAGGGCCAUCCCACAAACAAGUCAAAUCAUUUACAACCUCAAAGCUGGCCCCAGCAGAAUCUGCAACCGAACCUGUCAAGAAGCUUACUCUGAAAAUUCCAGCUUGA